AGUAGACUUUAUAAACGAGUUAUAAGCGUAUCUAACUCUUAACAUAACUAUUUAAUAAUAUUAAUUCAAUUUUUACAAUAUAAAUUAGUGUUAAAAAAAGUUUAAUGAGAAAACGUCUCUGAUAUGACCAUGGAUUAUUACUUGAUUCCGUUAAUAUCGCUUAGUUUAUUAUUAUCCAGCAUUGCUUCUAGUGAUAAUUUAAACAAUGAUACAUUUAAAAACGUUCAAAUAUCGCAAGAUGAAUUACAAGACACGAUAGAUUUCGCAAAAUUAAUUUUGGGGAAAUCUGAGAAUUUAGAAACAAGAUUAAAUUGGGCCGGGGUCAAUUUAAAAAAAACUAAUUUGGAAUUUAAACUUUUUUUGCAAAAUGCUCCCGAUCAGGAUGCUUUAAACCAAGCUUAUUACGCCUAUCUUAUUAAAUUAACAACAAACCAACUAAAACAAACAUUAUGUAGAAGAUUGAAUCUUGUUCAUAAAAACGAAGAAUGUUUAAAUCUUUUAUCAACGAUAAAACUCGACGAAUAUAUUCCGUAUUGCUCAAUUCGUUCAGAAAAUAUAAAUAACACCUGCUUAAAUAAUCCAAUUUAUCGAUCGAUUGAUGGAAGUUGUAACCACAAAAAUAAUCCGAUUAAAGGUAAAAGUCAAACAGCUUAUAAACGCUUGGUUAAUUCAACGAUAUAUUGGGAUGGUCUGGAAUUCAUCACAUCUUCGUAUUUAUCACCAAGAAAAAUCUCUUUGGAUUUAUUUCAAAAUCAAAAUAAUCUUGAUGGAAGAUUCACUUUUAGUUUAAUUGAAUGGGCAGAGUUUAUUUUCAACGAUUUAUUUCAUACUGUUUCAAGAAAAAUGGUGCAUAACUCCAAAAAUAUUACUUGUUGUGCCCCCGAUGGUUAUAAACUCCCCCCUAGACAUCAACACCCGUUUUGUUUACCAAUAGAAAUCCCAGAUAACGACGAUUUCUAUUCAAAAUUUAACAUAAAAUGUCUUUCAUAUGUAAGAUCUCUACCUGCAAUCUCAGAUGAUUGCACUUUAGGUCGAAUAGAACAAAUGAAUCAAGCGACGCAUUACUUGGAUGCUUCAAAUAUUUAUGGAAGUGAUUCAAAAAAGUCGCAUGAUUUACGAUUACACAAAGACGGAUUUUUGAAAUUCCAAGUUAAUAAUGGAAUGUUUUUACCAUUUACUAAUUCAAAUGAAAUGUGUAAUUCAACUUGUUUUGAUGGAGCCGAACCAAGAUUAAAUUCCCAACCUUUAUUAACAACUUUACAUACUUUAUUUUUACGCGAACACAAUCGUAUCGCAAAAGAAUUAAAAAACAUAAAUCAAGAUUGGAACGAUAACGAGCUAUUCGAAGAAACAAGAAGGAUUGUCAUCGCUGAAAUACAACGUAUUACUUACAAAGAGUUUUUGCCUAUUAUUUUAGGCGAAAACUUUUAUAAAAAAACGAUUAAUGAUAAUUUAGAAAAGCAAUUUGACGAAGAUGUCGAUCCGAGAGUUAGUAAUAGUUUUGCAACAGCCGCGUCUAAAUUCUUUAUAACUGCGUACGAUGAAACAAUUAAUUUAUACGAUGAAAAUAAUAACCUGAACGAAAAAAUUGAUUUGAAAAAAAUUUUUGGGGAAGAAUUUUUAAUGGAUAUUAAAAAUUUUGAUAAGUUUUUGAUGACACUUUCAACCCAGCCGAUUCAAAGAGUCGAUUUAAAUGUUCCAAAUAAUAUAAAAAAUCAUUUCCUUGAAAAAAACAAUUACGGCUUAGAUUUUAUAAGUUUAAUAAUUCAAAGAGGUCGCGAUCACGGUUUAUUACCUUACACUAACUACAGGGAACUUUGCGGAUUAAAAGAAGUUAAUACUUUUGAUGAUUUGUACCCGCUAAUAUCGAAUGAAACCAUAAAAAAUUUAAUGAAACUCUACAACAACCCAAAAAAAAUUGAUUUAUUCGUUGGGGGAGUUGCAGAAACAAGUUAUCCGGAUGGAAUUUUAGGACCUACAUUCUCCUGUAUCAUUGCUGAGCAAUUUCUAAGAUCACAAAGAGGUGAUAAAUAUUUUUAUACGAAUAAAAAUCAACCAAAACCGUUCACGCACGAUCAAUUAAAAGAAAUUGAAAAUGUGAGUUUAGCCGGGAUAUUUUGUGUUAAUAGUAACAUUAAAAGAAUUCAAAGGAACGUUUUUAAGAUGACCGAUUUUGGGAAUGAAAAAGUGGAUUGUUCUGAAAUACCAAAGAUUAAUUUGGAGUAUUGGAGUGAAAAUAUGAUAUUUUAAAAGAUUUAUACCGGGAAUUUCAUAUACAGAGUGUCCAUUAUGUAUGGAAUAUAGUAU